ACCCCAUUUUCAGAACCCGAACGGGAAACUAAAAACCCCUUAUUUUGGGUUUAGGGUUUUACCCGUACCAAGCAGCACUACCCAUAUUCCACCAUGGCGCGAUUCCAAAGAUCCGCAGUCCCGCGCCUCCUUUACACCUUGUACUCCACCAAAGCGGCGCCCUACUGUUCCCCCUCCCCGACCGCCGCCCUCCUCCUGGGGAACUUCGAGGUCCGUCAUUUCGCUGCUGGCAACGUCGCGCGAGCAAAGGACGACAAAGAACCAUGGUGGAAAGAGUCCAUGGAACGACUCCGAAACAUCGGAAUCUCCGCUCACAUCGACUCGGGAAAGACCACACUGACAGAGCGGGUUCUCUAUUAUACCGGCCGGAUCCACGAGAUCCACGAGGUUCGCGGGAAAGACGGCGUCGGAGCAAAGAUGGAUUCCAUGGAUUUAGAAAGAGAGAAAGGAAUUACUAUCCAAUCUGCUGCCACGUAUUGCACCUGGAAAGAUUACCAGAUUAAUAUAAUCGAUACGCCUGGUCACGUUGAUUUUACGAUUGAAGUCGAGAGGGCGCUGCGUGUUCUUGACGGUGCCAUUUUAGUUCUGUGUAGCGUUGGUGGUGUACAAAGUCAGUCAAUUACUGUUGAUCGGCAAAUGAGAAGAUACGAGGUGCCAAGACUCGCAUUUAUUAACAAGCUCGAUCGAAUGGGAGCUGAUCCAUGGAAAGUUCUCAACCAGGCAAGGUCUAAGCUUCGGCAUCAUACUGCGGCUGUGCAAGUUCCAAUUGGUUUGGAAGAAAACUUUAAGGGACUUAUCGACCUUGUGCAGCUAAAAGCUUAUUAUUUUCAUGGUUCCAGCGGAGAAAAAGUUGUGUCUGAGGGUAUACCAGCAGAUAUGGAAGCCAUAGUUGCAGAAAAGAGACGUGAACUAAUAGAAGUGGUUUCUGAAGUGGAUGAUAAACUAGCUGAAGCAUUUCUAAAUGAUGAGCCUAUUUCCCCUGCUGAUCUUGAGGAAGCAGUUCGUAGGGCAACCAUAGCACGGAAGUUUGUUCCUGUAUUCAUGGGUAGUGCAUUCAAAAACAAGGGUGUACAACCGCUUUUAGAUGGUGUCCUUAGUUACUUGCCAUGCCCAAUUGAAGUCAGUAACUAUGCUCUUGAUCAAACAAAGAAUGAAGAAAAGGUAAUGUUGCCUGGAACCCCAGAUGGACCACUUGUAGCAUUAGCUUUUAAGUUGGAGGAAGGGCGGUUUGGUCAGCUAACAUAUCUGAGAGUCUACGAGGGUGUGGUUCGGAAGGGUGAUUUUAUAGUCAACGUAAAUACAGGAAAGAAGAUUAAGGUGCCUCGUUUGGUUCGGAUGCAUUCUAAUGAAAUGGAGGACAUUCAAGAGGCACAUGCUGGGCAAAUAGUUGCAGUUUUUGGUGUAGAUUGUGCUUCAGGUGACACAUUUACAAAUGGGUCUGUCAAAUACACCAUGACUUCUAUGAAUGUCCCUGAGCCAGUGAUGUCAUUAGCUGUUCAACCAGUUUCGAAGGACUCUGGCGGGCAAUUUUCAAAGGCAUUGAAUCGUUUCCAGAGAGAGGAUCCUACAUUCCGUGUGGGCUUGGAUGCAGAAAGUGGGCAGACAAUUAUCUCUGGAAUGGGAGAGCUUCAUUUGGAUAUAUAUGUGGAAAGGAUCCGGAGAGAAUACAAGGUUGAUGCAACUGUUGGAAAGCCUCGUGUGAAUUUCAGGGAGACUAUAACUCAACGUGCUGAAUUUGAUUAUCUACAUAAGAAGCAAUCUGGAGGACAGGGUCAAUAUGGACGAGUGUGUGGGUAUGUUGAACCACUUCCGCCUGGGUCUCCAAUUAAGUUUGAAUUUGAGAACAUGAUUGUUGGACAAGCUAUACCAUCAAAUUUUAUUCCUGCGAUUGAGAAGGGUUUCAAAGAAGCUGCAAAUUCAGGUUCAUUAAUUGGACAUCCAGUUGAAAAUAUCCGGGUUGUCAUAACUGACGGUGCUUCUCAUGCGGUAGAUUCUAGUGAGCUUGCAUUUAAGUUGGCUUCUAUCUAUGCUUUCAGACAGUGUUAUAGUGCUGCUAGGCCUGUGAUAUUGGAACCUAUUAUGUUGGUUGAGUUAAAAGUACCGACAGAAUUUCAGGGUACAGUAGCUGGUGAUAUUAACAAGAGGAAAGGUGUUAUAGUUGGAAAUGAUCAAGAUGGGGAUGAUUCUGUAAUUACUGCCAAUGUACCAUUGAACAAUAUGUUUGGUUACUCAACAGCACUUCGUUCAAUGACACAGGGUAAAGGUGAGUUCACCAUGGAAUACAAGGAGCAUUCACCAGUUUCUCAGGAUGUGCAAAUGCAGUUAGUGAACACACACAAGGCCAAUAAAGCAGUAGAAUGAAGGGACGGCUGAAGAACUAGCCAUAAGCCCUUAAUAGUCUUUUCAAGUCUAUAAUUUGUUGUGAUAUUCAUUUUUGCUAUAUUUAUUUAGGCUAUAUGUUUAAUCAUAUAGUAACAUUUUUGGAAGCACAAUAAGUUUAAACCGUCUGUUUGUUGGCCAACAUGAGCCGGCAAACAUUAUAUAGGCACCUAGGGUGUUUUUUUAGGGAAUACGGUACUGUAAGGACUUAUUUCCAUACUGCCCCAAGAAAGCAGAGAAAAGACCUUGCAUUUCUGGAUGCAGAACUCAUACAUACAGAAUUCCAUGUUUUUUGAGGAUGAGAACCCGUACCUUCAAAACUUUAGAUCCUAUGUAUGUAUAUUGUCAUCACAGUCCUUCCGUUUAA